CGUGCAGGUGAGCCAGGCAGGGCAGGGCAGGGCCGGGCAGGGCCUGGCAAGGCGGGGCUGAGCUCAGCCGGUGCCAGGCUGGGCGCCCACGGCCUCCCGGCUCCCCAGCUCCCAACCGGACUGUCAGGGAUUGGACCCACCGAGGCUGAAGCACCCCCAAAGCCAUGGCUGGCUUUCACGACGGGGUCACGAUCGCAUGGUUGGGGGUCCUGCUCCUGGCUGUGGCCCAUGAGACAGAUGCUUCUGAGAUCGUGGUCCCCCGGGGCAGCGGCAUGACUAUUGUCAUAAAGCAGAAGACCCCAGCCGUGGCGGGAAGGCCUUGUUACCUCAUCACGUCUCGAAGGCAGAUGACUGUGUUGCUCCUUAAACCUGGAGACAAAGCCUCCAUCAGCUUCACCUGCGUGGAUCCGGAGAGGCACUUCGUCCUGGAGAUUCAGAAAAACAUCGAUUGCAUGUCAGGCCCGUGUCCUUUUGGGGAGGUUCUACUUCAGCCCUCGACGUCGGAACUACCCAGACUCAACAGAACGUUCAUCUGGGAUGUGAAAGCUCAUAAGAGCAUCGGUCUGGAGCUGCAGUUCUCCAUCCCCCGUCUGAGGCAGAUCGGGCCGGGCGAGAAGUGUCAAGAUGACGUCUCUUACGCCAUCAGCGGCCGCAUCGAUGCCACCGAGGUCCGCAUAGGAACCUUCUGUAGUAACGGCACGGUGUCCCGGAUCAAGAUGCAAGAGGGCGUGAAAGUGGCCUUACACCUGCCCUGGUUCCUCUCCCGAAACACCUCUGGCUUCAGCAUUGCCAAUCGAUCGUCUAUAAAACGCCUGUGCAUCAUUGAAUCUGUCUUUGAGGGUGAGGGUUCAGCUACCUUGAUGUCGGCCAAUUACCCCGAAGCCUUCCCUGAGGACGAACUCAUGACCUGGCAGUUUGUCAUUCCUGCACCCCUGCGAGCCAGCGUCUCCUUCCUCAACUUCAGCGUCUCCAACUGCGAGAGGAAGGAGGAACGUGUGGAAUAUUAUAUUCCCGGAUCUACCACCAACCCUGAGGUGUUCAAGCUGGGGGAUAAACAGCCCGGGAACAUGGCCGGCAACUUCAACCUCUCCCUACAGGGCUGCGAUCAAGAUGCCCAAAGUCCUGGCAUCCUCAGGCUUCAAUUUCAAGUGUUGGUUCAACAUCCACAGAAUGAAAGCAACAAAACCUACGUGAUUGACUUACGUCAGGAACGAACCAUGUCGCUCACCAUCGAGCCCCGACAUGUUAAACAUGGCCGCAAGUUUGUCCCCGGCUGUUUUGUGUGUCUCGAAUCUCGGACGUGCAGUACCAAUAUCACCUUGAUGGCCGGGUCCAAGCAUACCAUAUCUUUCCUCUGCGAUGACCUGACCCGCCUGUGGGUGAAUGCAGAGAAAACUAUAAGUUGCCUGGACCACCGCUAUUGCCACAAGAGACCCUAUUCUCUGCGGGUACCUGGCCACAUCCUGCAGCUACCUGUAGAGCUCCAUGAUUUCUCCUGGAAGCUGGUGGUGCCCAAGGACCAGUUCAGCCUGGUCCUAGUGCCAGCCCCAAAGCUGCAGCAGCACACGCAAGAGAGACCCUGCAACACCAGCUUCAGCUACCUGGUGGGCAGCGGCAUGGCCGGCCACGAUUUCGGUUACUUCUGUCCUGGAGGUUCCAUUGAGCAGAUCCGGGUGAAAGAGAACAGCUCUGUGACCCUGCGCACUUUCACCUCCGGCUUCCUGCAAGAUGUCGCCAACCAGAGCCUCACUGUGUCCUUCAUACCAAACUUCAAAGAGGAAGGCAUUUUCACAGUGACCCCAGAUAGAGCGAGUAAAGUUUACCUGAGGACCCCUAACUGGGAUCGGGGCAUGCCGGCCCUCUCCUCGGUUUCCUGGAACAUCAGCGUGCCGGGCGAGCAGGAGGCCUACCUGGCCUUCCACCGGGAGCGCUCCGGCGUGGUGUGCCAGUCCGGCCGCGCAUUCAUGAUCAUCCAGGAGCAGAAGAGCCGGGCCGAGGAAAUCUUUAGCCUGGAAGAAGAUGGGCUCCCCAAAUCGCGACGUUACCGAGACAGUUUCUGGGUCAACAUUUCUAACUGUAGCCCUGUGAGCAGCAAGCAGCUCAAUCUCCUCUUCUGGGUGACUCUCACUCCAAGGAGCGCAGACCUGUCCGUGGUCCUCAUCGCCGUGGCCGGAGGCGGACUCGUGCUGCUCAUUGUCCUUCUACUCGUUAUUUGCUUGGUGAAGAAAAAGAAAAAGAAGACCAGCAAGGGCCCGGCGGUGGGGAUCUACAACGGCAACAUCAACACCCAGAUGCCAAGGCAGCCAAGAAAGUUCCCGAAAGGACGGGCGGACAAUGACUCCCACGUGUACGCCGUCAUCGACGACUGCAUGGUGUAUGGGCAUUUGCUACAGGAAGGCUCGAACGGGUCCUCUCUCCGGCCGGAGGUGGACACCUACCGUCCUUUCCAGGGUCCGAUGGGGGACUGUCCCCCCUCUCCACCUCCCAUAGGCUCCCAGAUUUCAACUAGAAAGUUGAGCAGCCAUGAGGCUCCCCCCUGCUCCCCUCCGGAGUCAGAGAGCGAACCUUACACCUUUUCCCACCCUCAUCCGCGUGACGGGAGCCAUAGAGACACAGAAAUCCCCUUGCUGGAGACCCCACAGCCAGUGGAAGCAGCCGAAUAAUUCCUUCUAGAGCCUUCUAGAGACUUCGCUGAGAUACCCAGAGGAAGGCACCGAGGCAAGCCAAGAGACGCUCCCCUCACCCGAACCCCUCAAAGGAGAGGAAUCAAAGGGGGGGGGAGAGGGAGGAAGGGUGUCCCGGACGCCACCGGCUUGUGAUUGUUCUAGGGGACUCGUUCCAGUCACGAGGCAGACACGAGGGAUUUCCACUGGGUUCAGCGUCCCCGCCGUGACGGUUCCCAGCUGUGUGGAUUCUAAAGCUGGCUCGUGUUGUGGCGGGGAUAUGAUGCUAGGAGAGACAGGCCUAGCACAGGGUGCUCCUAAGCCCUGGGUUCCGAUUGUUAUUCCUGCUUUGAAGUGACUGUGUGUGUGUGUGUGUGUGUGUGUGUGUGUGUGUAUACAGGCACACAUCCUGGGGCUUGAACUCAGGGUCUAGGUGC